GUCCACAGGAAGUUGAAAACAGUGAACAACGUUCAAAAUUUCGUCUCAUUUUAUUCAUAAUUUUAGUGAUUAUGAGUAGAUUUUAGGCAUGAAUUAUAUAAAAUCGUGUUAUGGGACGUAAUACAUAUUAGAAGAAUACACACCUGAUAUUUGAUUUACAAUUGGAUUUACAACAUAUUACGUGAUGGAGAUACUACUGGAUACAAUUACACACUAGGAUCGCCAUUAUGAAAGUUACAGUUUGUUUCGGAAAUGUGAGGGUCGUGGUACCUUGUGGUAAUGGUGACAUUCUUGUGAAAGACUUAAUUCACAAGGCUGUACUUCGAUAUCGCAAAGCAACAGGCAAGCCAAAUGACUACUGGAUAAAUGUAGCCAACCUUAAAAGCAUCAGUGAUAGCGGAAUCCUUGACCCGGAUGAUCAGCUAAGUGAUGUAGCUGAUGACAGAGAGCAGCUGAUCGCACUAUAUGAGGAGCAAGAUGCGCCACCUGUACCUCAUAAUGGGGGAGAUGGGACAAGUGCUAGCUCUGUGGGUACUGCCAGUCCAGACAUCUUUAAGGUUACGGUUGAUGACAAGAAGCCUGGGUUCCAGCCAGUUAUACAUAGACAGGGCCGGAAUGAUGUAGUUAUCACACCUAAUGAUUUAACUUCAGGUACAAAUCUCCCUCUGGUGGUACGCCGUGGAAGUGAGCCCAAUCUGACCACUGUAGGAAAGACCAGUGAAGUUAAGGUACGGGAUGACACUGCUCCAAAACCCAACAGCAAGCGCUGGUCUGCCAUAGCUGCCAUAGAUGAGGACACACCUCCCACAUCAGCAACACGCAGGGAAUUAGACUCUGACGAUGGCAAAGAACAUUCCCCGAACUCACCAGAAUGGACAAAGGUUAAUGGAACAAGUACUCCAGGUCCAGAAGAUAAAAGCGCAUUUUCGAGAUUUGCUCGUGAUUCCACACGGCAGUCAACAGUUAGCAGUGAGGCGAUGUAUCGCUGGCUAGAUACUCAGGACGCAAGGGAUGUAAAUGCUCAGUAUAGUCAACAGAUGGGUCGUCGUGAACCACUUGGAGGUCCUGCCACAACUACUGAUGAGAAACAAGACACUGAACAACCAGAAAAUUUAUUUAAAAAUCAGUCACUAGUCAUAGUGGAUCUAAAAAAUGAGGGGGGUCCUUUGGGUAUCCAUGUUGUACCAGACUAUGACCAGAACAACAGGGAUACUGGACUCAUUAUACAAGGAAUUGAGCCUGGAGGGAGGAUAUCACGAGAUGCACGUUUCCAACGGAAUGAUAAGAUAGUUGAGAUUAACGGGAAGUCGUUGAUAGGAGUCGACUUCACAAGUGCCCAAGAGAUCUUCAAAAAUGCACUACAGACGAACAAAACAAGGUUAAAGCUGCUCAAACACACUUCAGGAUCUCCACCUAAAGUGCCUCCACCUAUCAAACCUAAACCUUCAGUCAAGAAACAACACAACACUCCUGACGUCACCUCUCUAGGUGUCAACUCUCAUGGUGUCACAUCUCACAAUGUCACAUCUUUAAAUAAACCAAACAAUUUGACAUCAAUGGAGCAUAAAUUGAACAAUUUGAAUAAAAACAAUCAACACAGACCUGCAGAUUUGGUGUUGAGUGAAACCCCAACUGAUUCUAAGUUAACAAAUGGAAGCACAUCACCCAGUAAAAAAACACCACCAGCGCCCCCUGUUAGAGACCCUAGUACAACUUUGUCUUCUUCUGCAGCCAUCAAACCAGUCAUCGCUGCACCCACAAAUACAAGAAAAAUAGGAAAGAAGAUCUACAUUCAACUUACAAAAGGUCCUCAAGGGCUCGGCUUCAGCAUUACAACCAGAGACAACCCAGCAGGUGGUAACUGCCCCAUCUAUAUCAAAAACAUUCUGCCCAAGGGUGCCGCUAUUGAUGACGGGAGGCUCAAAUCUGGUGACAGAUUGUUAGAGGUGAAUGGUAUAGAGAUGACAGGAAAAUCUCAAGCUGAGGCUGUGUCAAUCCUCCGCAACACGAAGCUUGGAAGUAUUGUCAACUUAGUCGUUUCAAGACAGGAAGUCCCUUCCGCACCCAACUCACCUUUUAUAGUACCCCGAGAACUGACCUCUCCAACUUUACAGCAAGCUCACGAGCGAAUCGAUGAUACAAGUUUUCUUAGCCAUAAAGAGGUGCUCACUUUUAACAUCCCCUUAAAUGAUACUGGCUCUGCCGGUUUGGGAGUCAGUGUUAAAGGGAAGACGCAGACAACAUCUCUUGGGACGCAGGAUCUCGGAAUAUUUAUUAAGGCAGUUAUAACUGGCGGUGCAGCAUAUAAGGAUGGCCGCCUACAUGUAAACGAUCAGUUAAUCAAAGUGAAUGGACAUUCCCUACUGGGUCGUGCCAAUACUGAAUCAAUGGACUUCUUACGCAAUGCUAUGCAGAAUGAGGGGCCUAUCCCUGGUGUAAUCAACUUAGUUGUAGCCAGGAGGAUAGGUGGCGGUCCAAUUACUCCCACAGGACCUAUGAGAGCACCUUCAGAAGAAGUUGAUGCUCAAAUUCCCGAACCUCAAGCCCCGCCUAAAUCCCCAAUUGAUCAGAUUGAGAAAAAUUUCAAAAAUCAGGAUUUGAAUCAAAUAAGAAACCCUGUACUGGAUAAACUCACUGGGGGACUUAGGAAUACAUCUUAUAAUAUGGCAACCCAGGACAGUUUAGAUCAGGACAGUUUGAACCAGUCACAUCAGUCCACCACACCUGAGGUUAACAGGACGCGUGCUAUCAAUGUGACAUCUACGUAUAACAACAAGGCCAAUACCCUCUCCUCCCCCACCCUCAACUCUCCCCCUGGAGACACAGUAAUGAUCCAAGAUGAUACUUACCCCCCUCAGCAGACAGUGGCUCAAAAUACUAGGGUUAGACCAGCCUCCACACUAGGUUUACCUAACCUGGUGAAUAGAACGGACUCCAGUGAGAAUGGUGCCCCCAAACCCCCGACUUGGCUAGCUGACCAGUGGGACCAUAAAGACUUAGAUGAAUCUGGCUCACCAUUGAUGCCAUUUGAUCGGGAAGGUUUCGGGAGACAAAGUAUGUCAGAGAAGAGACACGCCAACGUAGAUGCCAAGAACAUAGAGUUUGUGCAGCAACUAAAAUAUGCCAAAAAUAACAAAACAGGCAGUCUGGACCAUCGGAGGUCGGCCUCCUACCAUGGUCGCAUAGGUGAAAGGUACCCAGGUGCAAAUCAGCCAAUAGAGGGCACUAGUGCAGUAAUGAGACUAUCGGAGAGUGAUGUUAGUCGAGCGAUGAAGCGUGUAGGCUCAGCAGAGUCACUUCUAGGUCAAUCAAACAGCUCUGUGAAUCUGCAUGAGUUGAAGGCAGUGAAUGGAGAUGUUGGUCCAACUCUUGGUAUGAAGCGAUCCUCAUCUCUUGAAUCCCUCCAGGCUAUGGUCCAGGAGGUUCAGCUACAAGAAGAUGAUGAGCCUGCGGUGUAUAAGGGACCAACUCGUGUCAUCAGGGGCAGGGGGUGUAACGAAAGUUUCCGUGCAGCUGUGGAUCGAUCUUAUGAAGCGCCACUGGAUACUUCCACUAACUCAGCUAUGGAAACAUUGGAAGAAGAAAGCAGUGAAACAGCCUCUCUGAACAAAUCAGAAUCAACACGAUCAUCAUUCAGUGGCAGUGAAAAGGAAGCUCGUAAGAAAAAAGAAAAGAAGAAAGAUGCUGGGUUAUUCAAGGGUCUGGGCCACAUGUUUAGGUUUGGGAAACAUCGGAAAUCACUGGAAGAAAGAUCGCCACGGUUAUCACCCCAAGAGAUGCACCUGGCAGAGCAGGAUAGACAAAAACAAGAACAGAUUGAGAAAUAUCGGGCACGAUUAGCUCACCAAGAGGAACAAGACAGGAUUCAAGAACAAUACCGUAAACUACAGGAGAAACAACGUGUUGAGCAACAGAAACUUCACCCCCCUGGGCAUCCCACCCAUACCCAUGUUCCCCACACACAGCCCCCACCUGUACCCCCACAUAACCAGCCCAACCCGCAAUAUCAACAGCCUCCCCUGCAAUAUCAGACCCCUCCUCAGCAGCAUAACAAACAAAACUAUCAACCAAAUCAACCUACAAGCAGGCCACAGUCUCAAUAUCAAAUCCCACAAUCUCAGUAUCAGUCACCUCAACCCCAAUCACAAUAUCAUAACCCUCAGCCCCCGCAAAAAUCUCAGUUUCAGCCUCCACAAACACAGUCCCAUUUUCAACCUCCUCAAUCUCAGUCACAGUUACAAUCUUCCCAACCCCAGGCUUAUAACUAUCAGAGAAUGCCACAACAAUAUCAGUCUCAUCAGUCACCGGCCCAAUCGCCACAACAACGUCGUGCAAUGAAAUCCCCCGCCCAACAACAAUGGGGCACCCCACCUCGUCCCCAGAGGCAGGCAGCGUCUGAGUCUGAUGACAUCAUGCAUAACCCUGAGCUUGCAAUGAACCGGACAGAGAGGAUUCAGCAGCUAAGGGCAAGGCAUCAACAGAGGCACCAGGCAAGGCAGGGGGCUUACCCUGGGGAGGACAGAGAAGAGAGAUAUGAGCAGCAGAUACAGCAAAUGGAACACCAGCCCAUGCCAGAGCAAUUCAGCAACUAUGCAAUACCUCCAAGACAGCGCCAGGCCCCUGAGACUCAGUACCCGUAUGAUAACAGGGCCUACUCAAGGGAUCCACAGACCUUCAGCCACUACCAAAAUUUUGAUGAAAUUCGACAAGACCUGCAACGUCAUGACCAAUACCAGGAAAAGUAUCACAUAAGGGGAGGUGCUGAUCAGAGGACUCACCCUAAUAGAGAGCUCGAUACCCUCGGGAGAGAUCAAGGGAGUCAUGGAGGUGGGGAUCAGUAUUCAUUUCACCAACCCAGAGCCCGAUCUCAUACCCCACAGAUGGGAUACUCUCAAUGGGCACCACCAGGGGGAGCUGGUGAACAAUAUGGUCGCCGUCAGAAAUCACUGGACUUAGACGAGCCUCAAUACAGUCGUCGGCAACCAUCGGGGGAUUAUGAUGACCCCACUUAUAUGUAUGGACAAACCAAAUAUGGUCAAGUAGGGCGACGGACUCCUCAACUUUUACAGGGACCACAGCAAGUGUGACAUCACAAGGAGUGUUACAUAACAGUACAUGUAAUUGUUACAAUUAUGCCUUAUUCUCACAAAGCAAAUGAAUCAUGCAAUCUCACCCACUGUUUAUUGACCAAGAUAAUUUCUAAACAAUUCCUGAAUGAUUUGAAAUUAGAAAGAUAAUUUCACGGUUUUUAUUUGCCCAGCAGAGGAGGGUUAUAAGCCAGGAAUUAAGUGAACAGACAUGUUGUGAAUACUCUAAAUAACAGAGUAAUUCAAAAACAUUCAGACGUUCAAAAUCAGAGAGAUAUUAAUUGAAAAAUAAUGGCAGACAGAUGGACGGAUUUUAAACGGAAAUAAUGGAUGGCAUAGUGUGUCCAGUACAAUGUUCAAUUGUUGCAUAAAGACUUGCAUAUCACCAUAGUGACUCAAUUACAGAGAAAUGCUGCAAAUCAUGAUAACUCGUGAUUCCUCAAGUGCAUAUAGACAAAUAGAAACUUACUACAAAUUUGAAUUGUACAGGAAUUAGAAGAUAUACUUUUUAUAAAUUUAUAACAAAUGUGAACAAAAGAAUAAUUGGAAAUGUUUGUAAAUACUGAAUACUUUUUAUAUGUAUUAAAUGACAAGAACAAAAUAUUGAUGAUAUUACUGGAAAUAAUUUAUGUAGAACAUUGUUUCUGAUUCAGUGUAGAUGCCUCUGGUACUUCCACUUUCGUCCUCGAAGAAAACAAGCCUAGUUUUUGAAAGGGGUAUUUGGCCAGUUUUGGAUAUUUUUUAUAAGGCCCUGUCUUAGACUGGUUACCCAUUUGUAACCUGUUAACUACUCGUAUUUGCAACUUGUUAACUAUUUG